AUGACAAACAAAGGAACAACCUUAAAGACAGAGUGUUGCAUGUGUGGAGAUCUUGGUUUCUCUGAUCAGCUUUUUCAUUGCAAAAUCUGCCAAUUCAGAUCUCAACACAGGUAUUGUAGUAAUCUAUAUCCAAGAACAGAUAUUUCUGGAACAUGUAACUGGUGUUUGAGUCAAGAAGAUUCACCAAACUCAUCAAAUUCUUCAUCAUCUUAUAAGAAUAAUGGAAGCACAGAAGAUGAAGGAAAGAACAAGAAAAUUAUAAAAAAAGGACUAAUUAAAGGAAGUGGUGGUUGCGGCGGAGGUGGUGGUGGUUGUGGUGAUGUUAUUGAGCUUCAACUUCCAAAACCUAUGAAAAAACCAAAGUCACCACCAUCAGAAGCAAAAUCACCAUUGUCAUCAACAUCUCCACCGGUUAUAGUUUCGACUCGAAAGAGAAUUAUUACAAACGGUGCUUUGGAAGAGAAACUGAGGAGGACGAGAUCAGAAGGUGUUAUAAAAAGUAGUAAUAGUGAUGGUGCUACUACCAAACAUGUUUUCAGGAAUAAGGUGAGAAGGUAUAAGCUUUUGGAGGAAGUUUCAAGUUAG